AGGCCAGCCUGGGCUACAGACUGAGUUCCAGGACAGCUAAGACUUACACAGAGAAAUCCUGUCUUGAAAAAAAAAAUAGAAUUCCAGAAGACACCUCUUCUGAAUCAACAGGUUUAAAGUCCUUGUUGGGCAGGAGCAGGGACAGACCAGGGUCCCCGCCCAACCCCGGGGAAUAGGAUCUAGCAACCGACUCCUGUCUAACACGCUACUGUCCUCAGUGCACCAGGUCACAGACAGCAUGGGCUCUCGGUUCCUCCUGGCUCUCCUCCUUGUUUUCCUGGUGUUGGGAUAUGAGGUCCAAGGGUCCCAGCAGCUCCAGCAAGAUGAUCCAGGCAGCCCGGCUCUGCUGGACAAGAUGCAGGAGUCCAUCUCCGGUUACUGGACCAUUGCUAAGGCAGCUGCUGAAGACCUGUACCAGAAAACAUACCUGACCAGUGUGGAUGAGAAACUCAGGGACAUGUACAGCAAAAGCUCGGCGGCCAUGAGCACUUACGCGGGCAUUUUUACGGACCAGCUCCUUACUCUCCUAAAGGGCGAGUAAUGCCACGCAACCCCCGUGUUAGGGGACGGGAGAAGCGGGCACUCGACCAUGUUGCUCUCAUCACUUGACCAGGAUGGUCCUACAUUCCCCUGUCCCAGCAGCUCUCAUCUUCCUGUUCCCAACUCCAGACUGAAUUCUUUCAGUGAAAGAAUAAAUCAAUCCCAGUUCAUUGACUUUGGUGUGGCUUUUUUUCUGAGGCUCCCAGAGCCAAGAUGGAGGGCCUACGGAAUCUAGUCGAUGUUUGAUGGGCGUGGUUUUAUGAUGAGAUGGUUAGCAUCCUGCAUUCUGAA